GUAAAAGCCCUGAACCCGCGAAGGUCUCGCUACGUAGUCAAAGCUUCCUUCGGUUUCAGUCAUAAAGAAGGUUUAUUAGUGGCCUAAGCUGCAUUGUCAGUCCACAUUUCAUCAAAUUAGUAAAUGGCAAUUGGAAGGUAAGGGUAGAAACUAAAUGAUUGUUUAUUUUGCGAGUGCAAACUCAAUGCAAACGAUCUGUAAACUUUGCUCUUUGCCAUUCGAUAUGGAUCGAUUUUGAUCGAGAUCCUUCGCUUCCAUGUUGGCUUAUUAAUCUGUUUCUACUUUGUUCUAAAAUAAGGAAGAACCACUUAUUUCAUUUAUGAAUAACUGCAGCAAAACUUACGAUAGUCGCUUUGUUGUGUGUAGUGACUGUGCGGCAAAAGACCUUCGGCAUUUCAGCUUGGAAGCGUUGGCCGUCGACGAAUCGACCACGAGAAAGAGAAAGGCAAGUAUAGAAUUAUCACCUUCAUGCUUUUCUGGCAAGGCAAGAUUAAACGUAUUUUAUCAACUUAUAGAAAGAUUCGACUUCAAGAGGAGCCGUGAGCAAGCGAAGCAGAGCGGGGCAACAAGAAAAGGUAAUACAAUCGACCCCAUUUCCCGCCAUGUCCUAAACACUCCCGCCAUUUUGGAAUGGGCACAUUGUUUGUUGUGAUUGCUUGAUUCACAAAGAAAAUCAAAUUCUUCCAACAUGCAUCGUCUCCUUUAUUUAAUAACAACCCCUCUUCUUCCUCAUCUGUUGUGGUGACUUCGAAAUUCGAAGGUUUGACGAGAUUUUUCGACGUUCACAUUCCCUUGAUUGUUAUAUAAACACUCGUUCCUAUUUCAUCAGCUUCAAAGCGAAUGCAGCUUAUAUAAUUGAUUCUUCAAAGGGACCUUUGUGAUUUCUUUAGAAGUAUGACAUAAUAUUUCAUUUAAAGAUAUUUCGAGAAUUUUAAAGUGUAUUUUACGUUUAUUUGACUGCUUAAACUUUGGCGUGGCUCGGAUUUGAUUAGCGCCCCUGAUCAUCAUCACUGAACGGGUGGCUUCAUUGUUUGACUUCCCCAAGCAACAAGUGCCAUGAAUUUAAUGACUGUUUUGAGCUAUUCUUCCAUUUCGUUAUCUCAGAUGAGUAGUAUCGAGUGAAACAAACUCUUUAAUGCUCAAUCGCCUUGCAUGUAGAAAGUAAGUUGUAUUGAAGAAACGUGACAGUAACUUUAAUACAAAAAAUACAAUUUAAUUAAUCUCUCAAGGAGCUUUCAACAAGUUUCUUAUUAUGCCAGAGAUUUUAUCCUAUAUAUUUAGAUAUUUGGUUAAAUAUGAAAAAACGCUUCAGUCUCUCUUCCCUUAAAGGACCUGUUAAAAUUUAAUACAGAAAACAAAUAAACUAUGACUGGAAUAUAUAUUAAAUAUAAAUUUCUUCAAAAUAAUCCAUUUCACGUUAGGCCUUAAAAAGAUAUUUUCGGUUAGAUUGCCAGUUUUGUGGUAUUUUUUUUUUCACUUCUUGUGGUAGGACAAAAUAUUGAUCAACCAUAGACAGAUUUUUUCUUGAGUUUUAAAACUAUUUUUUUAUUAAACAUGCCAAUCUUUAAUAAGUCAAUGAACACUGUUAAAAUUGAAAAUUGAGAAUUGGCGAGAUAAACAAGCCUUUUUACAGUGUAUGUGCUGUGUGGUCCUACAAAUCUUGAAAUGCCUCAAAAAUUAUUUUUAUUUUUUAAAGUAGAAGUGAUACAAUUUUGCCAACCAAGCAAUGCCAAGAAUGUUCAUAAAUCAGGAAUCAACUUUGGUACAUCAAUAUUGAAAGAUUUUUUAUUCAUAGCAUGGCUUAGACAGUUUGGUUUUUCUUUUCUUAGUGUACUAUAAUGUGUUAUUACUUCAAUAAUAGAUUUGCAAUUUGCUUCCCCUGAAUAACAUACCGUCUUGGAAUAUAAACUGUUUUAAAUAGCUAGGUUAAGUUCUUUUCAUCAGUGGAACUUCUUUGAAGCCCUGGGGACAAAGAAUAAAUUAUAUUGCCCUGGAUGAAUAAUAAUAAUAAUAUUAACAGUCAAACGUCUAAAGGAUGUUCCAUGGUACAGACACAUUCUAUAUUAGGGACUAUAGACCUUAUUCAAGAUACCCGCCAUCUUUGUAUGCACUUAGUUUUAUGAUUGAUGGAAUAAACGUCAUAUCACAUGGUUUCUCAGGGGGUAAACAGAUGAUAAUAUUUGCCAAUACGAGUAAUCACCGUCAAGUUUAUUUGUUUAUUGGCUCAAAGUGAAACAGCAAUUUAAGUCAUGCAAAAUGUACAGUUUGUGUUUCGAAAAGUUAAUUGCUUGCUGUGAUGACAUCUAUGGUCGUAGCUGCAUCCCAAAAAGUAACAAUGAUCAGUUCUACCCAUAAUUUGCCAUUAUCAUCUUUAAUAGUAAAAGUUCUUAAUGAAUUAUUUUCUGUUGUUUAGAAUAAAUAAACUUAACUGUGCUUUCUUGUAUUAGCAGAGUUUAUCACUUGUUUGCUCCCUGAGAAACCAUGGUAUCAUGAAUAAGGUCUAUUCUCAUUGUCCAAAAGACAUCAAGGGUGGUUUGCAUCAUCCGGGACAUUGACAAGUGUUGCUACGACCACGGUUACGUGGAACAUUGUUUGAUGAAUAGGAAUGAUGUCACUGCUAUACAUGUAGGGAUAUAAUCCAUUGUUAGGUUAAACCUGUUUUAAAGAGAGGAUAAUUUCAGAGUCUUCAUUAAAAGCUGGCAACUAGCUAAAAAACCUGCUCCUCUGAGGUCUGAGCCAUCUACUUUAAGGGGUAAAGUGAUGAAGUGAAAGCCUCAUAUUGCCUACAGCACUUGAUUGCCAAGCUGCCUCCUUUUAUAUCCUAUCUGUUUACUUUAAAACUUAAUGAAAACCCAGGUUAGAACCCCAGCAAAAGCUGACCUGAAAAGGUUAAACACCGGGUUAACCUGAGAACAGAUUUUAACUGUAACAUGACUUCUUUUUACCAAUUUUAUUCUGACACCAAAGUGUGCAUUGUUGUUUUUACUUGAAUUUUUGAAGAUUUUAGGAAAAUGGAAAGCAUGCCAACUGGACACGUUUGAAAGAGUGAAACUGAAGUGUCUUGUCUGUAUAAGUUUUCUGAUUGCAAUAAAAUUAAUUAUAUCAACUUUCUGGUUUUUUCCUGUGAAGCAGGACGUCGCAAAUACACCUGUGUGUUUCAUUUUCUACCCAAAUUUGGUUUUUAAUCAAAUAAAAGAAAAUAAAACAUUAUACGCUUACAUGUAUGUAGCUCUGAAAACCUUUUGUGUGCUCUACACUUAUCUGUUAUUUUAGAAAGCACUUUACAAGUGAAGACAAAUAAACAAUUAAAAUAUCAAAUAAUAAUUAAAUGCUUUUAACAAUAAUUCAUUUCUUAAUCGCUGUCAACAAGGUUUCCUGGAGAUACAGGCUGUAGUCAUGUUCAAAAUGAAUGUAUGACAAGUUGAUUUCCUUGUACUGCAUGUACGUGAUACUUAACACCUCUGGGUCACUUAUUCCUAAAAACGAUACAUAUGAAUAUUUGCAUUGGCCAGGCAUCAAUCUCUAUAAACCAAUUAAUGGUAACAUGUAAUAUGUUAUUAUAAAGGUAGUGUUUUAUUCUCUUACAAGACGUAUGUGUCAUUGUCUACAGAUGAUAAUAAUCAGCUUUUUUCUUCCCUUUGGUCGAACUUUAAUACUUUAUUGAAAUUAAAGUAAUCCUUGUGCAUUUUUUGGAUCAUGUAAUUCUUUGUUGGCACAGUGACAAUGUUUACAUUAUCUUUUUUGGUAAAACCUGUAGCAGUAGUGAAACAGGUAUUGGGUCAUGGAAUCCAAAGUAAAUGUGCAUCCAAGUGAAUUCAGGUCAAAAUAUGGGUUGUACGACAUUUAAAGAGUCUAAGUGAUGAUGCACUAUAAAAAUUUUAUCUAAUUUUGAAAUAGAUAGUGAUGAAGAGAAACAGAUUUCUAGGCAAACUAAACCCUCACAGCUUGCAGGAAAAGGGAAAUUUAACAUUGUAUAUUGACUGAAUUUUUUUGGUAGAUUAGAGUAAAGUGGGUGGGAAAACUCCAGCUAAAUAAACUAGAUUCUUUUGUCUCAGGAACAAUGAGAUAUGUAGUUACGGUCUAGGUAGCUUAUAAAGAUUUGCAUUAAAUUGCCAACUGUAGCUCUUUUCUGCAAACAGAAACUAUACUUGGUUAUGUUUUUUAAGUCUGCAUGCUGUGUUCAUUCUUGAUUGCAACAUUAUUUUGUAUAUAAGCCACACUGCAGUACAUUCACACUUGUAAACUUAUUGGCCCGCUUGUUUCUGAUGUAAAUUUGCCGUAUACAAGACAAAAGCCAUUUUAUUUAUGUUGAGAUAAAAUAAGGUUAUGAAAUGAAAACAUUCUAUUAUGAAGUUAUUGUUUAUUUUUUAUAGAGAACCCACAUGUCAAUGCAAGCUCCCUGUAGUGCAGAGGGAAGUAUUGGUGGCCUUUCGAGGGUAGAAACAAGGAGUCAGCGACAGUUAAAGGCUUUAAAAGAGCACACUGCAAGUAAUGAGAUACCAGAGAGAACAAAAUCUGCUAAUUUUACGUUCACCAAUUGUUUUAUUCCCGUUGUUAAAAAUGUUAUUCCUCUCCCUGAACUUGACUGGGCUGAUCCAAAAGAGGUGUGGUCAAUAAUGCUACACAAGGAUCGCAAAUACUGCCGAGAUCCACUGUAUUUUAGAAGACAUUCAUUUCUCCAGCCAAGAAUGCGGGCAAUUCUACUGGACUGGCUAACAGAGGUGAGUUUGAUUCGUGGAAUCAAAUUGCAUCUUUCAGUUACAUGAACCAGGGUUGGUCACCUCAAUUCAUAAAACUGUAUGUUCAUUACACUGUUUUGCUGAAGUCCAAGUAAUAACACUACAUUUUCUGUACAUGUAUGUACAAAACAUUAAUUUUACACUGUAAGGCUGUUCUCAUACUAUGCCGGAUAGCUUUUGCACAGGGCAUGAAAACCAUACCUGAUACAUGUAGCACUUUUGUUCUCACAUAAGAAUGUUGAUUUUAGCAUGAUUUCUGUAGCAAAGCAAAGCUGCCCUGCUCUGAUCUCUUCAGUGGAGAGUCUUAUAUCGCAUAGGUGUGCACAUAGGUACUACAUUUGUAUAGCUUCUCAUGUCGGCAUGCAAAGUUAUCCAGUUUAGUUUGAACAUAGCUUCAAAUACCCAGCCACUCUUACUGUGAUAAUUGCGGCUUUUUGUAAAUAAUAACUUUCAGUGCCUUUUGUGAUAUAACUUGGGUAUUCUGUUGUUGCUCUACCCCCCACCCUCAAUUCCACCCUUUCUGUCUUACUUCCAAGAAGUGAGUGCAUACUUAUCAACUGUAUGUUCCUAUCAUUAAAAUUGACAACUCCUGUGUACAAAAGAGGCCAUAUUGCUGACAUUGUCUUUCUGACAUCUUUCAUGUGUUGAUUUUCUAGGUGUGUGAAGUCUACAAGCUUCAUAGGGAGACGUAUUAUUUAGCACUGGAUUUUAUUGAUAGAUAUCUGUCUAUUAAGCAUGAUAUUGCAAAACAAAGAUUGCAGCUUGUAGGAACAACAGCAUUGUUUAUUGCAGCUAAAAUUGAGGUAAGACUCUAUGCUUGUUUAAACUGCUCCUCUCGCUCUCACUCAGACAUGAUUACCCAAGAAAAAGAGGAUCUUGUUUACUGUGGGUAAUGUCGACCGAGAUAUCAGUCGACAUAGCGGUCGAUAUGGCGGUCGAUAGUCAGUCGACAGUCGGUCGACAGUCGGUCGAUAGUCGGUGGAUGGUCGGUCGAUAGUUGGUCGAUAGUCGGUCGAUAGUCGGUCGAUAGUGAGAUAGACUAUCGGUCGAUAUUUCGACGACGCACCUCGACUUGCUAUCGGUCAUAUGUCGGUGAUAUAUCGGUCAACUGUCGGUGGUAUAUCAGUCAACUGUCGGUGGUAUAUCGGUGAACUGUCGGUGGUAUAUCGGUGAACUGUCGGUGGUAUAUCGGUUAACUGUCGUUCGAAUAUCAGUCGUGUGUUAAUUUAUCAGGUGAGUCCAAUGGCUUUUUUUUUAAGCAAAGACGUCAUUAAUUACUGUUCAUGACAUGCUUUAAGAGCGAGGAAUACACAUCUUUUAUUAUCGGGCUUUGACCUGCUUCAUCACGCCAAGUUGUCGCUUGUGUAGAGACCACAAAUUAAACUUAUAUAUUUCUGUAUUGAAGACGGAAACAGCCCUUUGUUUAACGAUCAGUUAUUGAUAAAACGCGCAGAUAAUGUGCCGAGGAAGGUGACAAAAAUAUCCAGCAGGCUGAACACAUUCAUUUAUUGUGGGAUACGCUACGUUCUCAUUACAUUAUCCUGUCCUUUUGCUCUGUCCUUUCGCUUUAUAUUUAUAUUUUGUUCAAAAUAGAGACGACCAUGCGUAUACAGAAAUUAAUAUUGAAUGGUAAGUCACUUUUGGUCAUCCACGAAAAGGAAAACAGUAUGCGCCGCGUUAACAUUAAUAUUAUCUUAACUUGUUAAGGAAAAACAAGUUUAAAAAAAUGAACUGUAAAUACAUUUUUUCAUCAAUGUAGUUCUGAGUCGGUUGAAAAAUUCUCGGCAUAGGAAAAAUCAGCCAGAUAUAGGCCUUACACGGUGGGAAUAAAUCACAUAACAAGAAGCUGAAGGCCUAUCAUUCUCACUUAGCGGACUUCUUCAUGAUUCAAUUCUAGCCGGCUACGCGUAGCGAGACUCCCACCCCUGAAAAAAAAAACGAGGGGAGGAAACGUCUGCGAAAAGGUGGUGGGCAUCGAUACAGAUAGGCUAAAUCCCGUUCACAUGAAUUAAAAGAAAAGGCUAGAUAAAUGACUAAUAGCUAUUAAUCCGGAAUUUUGGCUAAGUACAUUGAAGUUUGAAAUUAAAAAAGCAGAAACACAAUCUAAAAAAACAGUUAGGUCCAAGCUAGAAAAUGCUUUCUAAUUCCUUGUUUUCCAAGCUAAAAAAUGUAGGAAAUGCUAAGUGUCGACCGACCAUCGACGGAGUGUCGACCAAUUACUGACCGAUACAUCGGUCAAGUAUCGACCAACUAUCGACCAACUAUCGGCGAAGUGUCGGCGAAAUGUCGGUGUAAUGUCGGCGAAGUGUCGGCGAAAAGUCGGCGAAGUGUCGGUGAACGAAAAGCUAUAUCGGCCGAGACACAUCUGGAACGACUAUCGACCGUGUCUCGACCGAGUGUCGACCCACUAUCGACCGACUAUCGACCGACUAUCGACCGCUAUAUCGACCGACUGUCGACCGAGCGUCGACCGAGUAUCGACCGAGUGUCGACCGAGUAUCGACCGACUGUCGACCGAGUGUCGACCGACUAUCGACCGAGUGUCGACCGCUAUAUCGACCGAUAUCUCGGUCGACAUUACCCACAGUAAACAAGAUCCGAAAAAGAUCUCUGAAGAAAUUAUCUGCUUGUGUUACUGAGUUAAUAAAGGCCUGUUCCAAAUGUUUUUGUUGUGCCAAAUUUAAUGCUAAUGAGGAAAAUCUUAGUAUUGCUCUUUCUUGCGUUAGAUUUGGUGCACGUUUAGUCUGACAUUUGAAAUGGGUCUACAUGUAGCACAAUUCAAACCUCUCAGGUACAUAGCCAUUCCAUCUAGGUGCACCUGGCCAGUCUGAGCUUACCCCAGUUCCGGGAUGGUAUGCAGUCCUAUGUCAAGGUUACCGUGCCCAUCAUUAUAUCUCCAGUACCCAUUUACACAGAAUGGAGCUAUCUGAUUUUUCUGACAAUUGGCUCUGUCCCUUUAGUGUUUGUAUCAAUUACAUGUACAGUGAUAAUUCUAACACAACAUUUGGAAACACCAUACCUGUACCGACCUAUUGUGAGAUAUGCUAGCUAGGAUUUGCACCUCCAAAUUUAAAUUGAAUUUAAUGGAGUGGACGCCAAUAAUAAUUAUCAUUGGUUUCAGCCCCUGUAAAUCUGAUUACACACAUUCUAGGCAUUCUACUGAUGAAGAGUUACAACUUAUAGAUAUUUCAAGCUACAACAAUUUGUCAUGUCCUCUAUGAAUUUAGGUCCCUAACUUCUUCAACAUGGUAUUGAGAAAUUGCCAGUACAAUUGUUCGGUUGAUUACAUGUAUGUUCACUUUAGCAUUGAAGGCUGAAUCUGUGAAUGUUAUGGGUUCCAAUGUUUUUACUAUUUUUUUCUUUCAGGAAAUUUACCCUCCAAAACUAAGUGAAUUUGCAUACGUGACAGAUGGCGCUUGUACAGAAAAUGAAAUCUUAGAUGAAGAACUUCUUAUGUUAAAGGUGAGCCAUCAAUCUUUGUGUUUGUGAUUACACAUACUUUUUGAUCUAUGAAUUGACUGUGCUCUCUUUUCCUUUUUCUCCCACAGGCUUUAAACUGGAAUCUAUCACCUAUAACAAUCAACUCCUGGUUAAAUAUUUAUUUACAGCUCUCUUGCUUAGCAAGUAAAAAUGGCAAAACACCUAACUUUCACUUGCCCAAAUAUCCACAGCAACAAUUUAUCCAAGUAACACAGGUAUGUAAUUUGAUUUUUGCGAGAUGUUCAAAGCAUGUCUUAUUUACCGGUACCAAGUGUAAGGUCAAGAUGGCUGGAUAUCUAUGUCCAGCAAUCUUGACCAAACAAUCUUGCCCAGUAAAGGAUUUUUGUAUGUGGCCACUUUGUCUUGGCCACGUGCAUAUCUAAUCAUCAUAAUAAGCAUAUAUUAGAUAACAACUCCAAGUCAAGUGUAGUAGCAGACUGGCAAAUAUUGAAAAGAAAAGGCUUAUUCUAUUUUGCAAAACAAAACGAAACGAAACGAAACGAAACGAAAUAUAUGGGAGAGGGAGAAAAAAUGUUUAUUAACCUAAACACAGCUUAAGACAACAUUGACAAUGUGUUUGGAAGUAAUAGUUAACGAAAAAUGACGGCUUUUUACCUUUUUCGCAAAGUAGUAAUUUCAGUACAAUUACUAUUUUGCGAAAUGGCGUUUUUUCACCUUUAUUUAGCAAACAUGUCCUUUUCGUCUGAAACAAAUGAGUUCUAGUAUGGCUUAUAACAUGGGAAGUCACCAGACUCUGCGAAAUAUUAAUCAUUUUAUUGGUGGACACAAUUUGUUUCAGACGAAAAGGACAUAUUUGCUGAAUAAAGGUGAAAAAACGUCAUUUCGCAAAAUAGUAAUUCUGGCAAAAUUACUACUUUGCGAAAUGAGUUCUAGCACGGUCAAUAACAUGAGAAGUCACCAGACUCUGCGAAAUAUUAAUCAUUUUAUUGGUGGACACAAAUUUGUUUCAGACGAAAAGGACAUAUUUGCUGAAUAAAGGUGAAAAAACGUCAUUUCGCAAAAUAGUAAUUCUGGCAAAAUUACUACUUUGCGAAAUGAGUUCUAGCACGGUCAAUAAGAUGAGAAGUCACCAGACUCUGCGAAAUAUUAAUCAUUUUAUUGGUGGACACAAAUUUGUUUCAGACGAAAAGGACAUAUUUGCUGAAUAAAGGUGAAAAAACGUCAUUUCGCAAAAUAGUAAUUCUGGCAAAAUUACUACUUUGCGAAAUGAGUUCUAGCACGGUCAAUAAGAUGAGAAGUCACCAGACUCUGCGAAAUAUUAAUCAUUUUAUUGGUGGACACAAAUUUGUUUCAGACGAAAAGGACAUAUUUGCUGAAUAAAGGUGAAAAAACGUCAUUUCGCAAAAUAGUAAUUCUGGCAAAAUUACUACUUUGCGAAAUGAGUUCUAGCACGGUCAAUAAGAUGAGAAGUCGCCAGACUCUUCUUCGAAAUAUUAAUCAUUUUAUUGGCGGACACAAUUUGUUUCAGACGAAAAGGACACAUUUGCUGAAUAAAGCUGAAAAAACGUCAUUUCGCAAAAUAGUAAUUCUGGCAAAAUUACUACUUUGCGAAAUGAGUUCUAGUACGGCUAAUAAAAUGAGAAGGCGACAGACUCUUCGAAAUAUUAAUCAUUUUAUUGGUGGACACAAUUUGUUUCAGACGAAAAGGACAUGUUUGUUAAAUAAAGGUGAAAAAACGCCAUUUCGCAAAAUAGUAAUUGUAUUGAAAUUACUACUUUGCGAAAAAGGUAAAAAUCCGUCAUUUUUCGUUAACUAUUACUUCCAAACACAUUGUCAAUGUUGUCUUAAGCUGUGUUUAGGUUAAUAAGCAUUUUUUCUCCCUCUCCCAUAUAUUUCGUUUCGUUUCGUUUCGCAAAAUAGAAUAAGCCAAAAGAAAAUGAGGGGAAGAAGUUGUUGGAAAAAGAGGAGCAAAUUUUCAGCAAAAUUGUAUAGAUAGUUUUCACAGUGAUGUCAUCAAAUUGUAAAGUCAAAAUAGCGAGGUUUUGUGAAUUCUUAUUUACACUAGGUUGGAGAUAAACAAAAAGUAAAUCUUUGUACAAAGUUUUCAUUCCCGUAACACGUUUCAUUUUGAAAAUACAGCAAUUUGAUCUUCCUAGUUUUCACAGUGCGUGACACCAAAAUAGGAAUGCUGUCUCGUUCAUAAAAGUCUCUCCUCCUAAUUUUCAGCAAUAUAACCAUUUCAAGUAUUAGAAGAUAUGUUUUUGUGCAUGUAUGCUAGUUCUUGAGUUAAAAGAGAGAGCUUUUAUAGAAAUAGUGAACUCCAGAUGUUUUUGAUUUCCGGCAGCCAUAUUGGUGCACCAAAAUGGCACACCAAUAUGGCGUUUCCAUACAAAGCUCUACAAAGGUGCGUAAAAUGUUUCGUCAAAUAACUCAGAAAAUGGGGCCACAAAGACCUGACACUUAGACAUUUCAUUUUCUUGGCUUCCUCCACUGGACAGUUUCCAAUUUAUUUUUUUGUUGCGUGACAAUGAAAAUGAUCUACAUCAGUCAUGUAUACACUAGUCAACAAGCUUUUAGCCAGGAUUUGCUAAGUGGCUGUACCACCUUACAUCAUGUACCUGGGUAAAAAAACCUUGCUCUAAAAUAUUAGAUUAACUGUUAGUGCACAUCUGUUUUCCACAGCUUUUAGAUUUGUGUGUACUGGACACAGGUUCUCUUCAGUUCUCAUAUAGCAUUCUAGCAGCAUCUGCUCUGUACCACAUACUUCCUGUUAAUAUUGAACAGGUCACAGGUAAGAAAUCUGAAUAACUAAUGAAAUAAUCUAUUUUUUUUUAAUAACUACCGUAUUUAUUCGAAUAAGCGCCCAACCUUGAAUUAGCGCCCACCUCGAAUAAGCGCCCAUCCUAAAGGCAGGAAAAGUUACUAAGUGCCCAGCCUCAAAUAAGUGCCCACCCCACCUCCCUCCCACUCCCACUCAAACUCAAAUAAGUGACUACCCCCACCCCACUCCCAAAAAAUUGAAUAAAUACUAAUAAGAGACUUCCCCAAGACAGAGUUUUCUUCAAGGUAUUUUACCGGAACUGGGUGGUCGCAUUUUGUUAUUACAGUUUAUUGUUUUGUUGCAAAAUAAACAUACUACUCUUGCUGAAAAUGUUGAAAAUUUCAUAAGGGCCCAGCCCCGAAUAAGCGCCCACCUCGAAUUAGCGCCCACUCUCAAGGUCCAAAAAUUUAAUAAGCGCCCAGGGCGGUUAAUUGAAUAAAUACGGUAAAUAGUUGUGUGAAGAACAUUUGCCUUUCUGCCCGUCAUUGUCAUAAGAAAAAAUACAUUUCAUUGACAUAAUAGAUAUUUGAUUUUUAAUUAAAAUUUUGUAAUAUUAUGCAGUUAUGUUCCUAAUGCAAUUCAGGUGUACCACAUAGUUACAAAAGGCUUUCAGGUGGUUACCUAAGCAUUUGAUGACCUUUAGUUACCCCUGUAAACAUUGGAACUGUAUGUGUUGUUGUGCAAGAAACAAUCUUCUAUUAAUAUACCUGGUUACAUAAUGCAUACCAGCAACUUUUAGACAAUACUCCAUUGGAUUAGCAUAGAUCACAGAAAAGUUUUUUUCCACCUAAGUUAUAUGGACAUUUCACCUUAUGGAUAUUUUUUUCCCUUUCUGUUAUUAUGUUGAAGACGAGUUUCAUAAGAAGUUUCAUACAUCUUUCCUGCAGGUCAUAGCUGGGAAGAGCUAUACCCAUGUAUACAGUGGAUGAAAUCUUUUGCGGAUGUCACCAUUGAGAAAGGAACGCUUACACUAAAAAGUUUUGAACAUGUUUCGCGUGAAGACGCUCACAAUGUCCAAACUCAUGCUGUUGAUUUAGCUUUACUGGUCAGUAACUUAGUAGUGUAAAAGCUUUUCUCCUUGCUAUCUCUGCUCCUGAUCAUUGCAUGUCCCUAAGAUUUUGGAUUGUAUAUGCAGUGUCACAGAUUUGGAAAAAAUGAAAGAAGGAAAUUAACCUUGUAUGGUGUAUUACACACCUGUUGUACACAUACACCAUGAAUGUACAUACAGCCACUACAGUAUUCUUUUGUUUGAUGUUUCCAAUGUCACUGCGGUGUGCAAACCAUUUAAAGCAAGUUCCACUUUAUUGCUUCAUGCUUAUUGUAUUGAUAUUCUUGCCAGAGCUAGAUUCAAAACCAAUUUUAUUGUGUCUUGUUUGUGUUGAUUUUCUCACACUUUUUCAUAAGUGAAAUUUAUUUACUUCGAAACCUAAUCAUUUAUUUUGAAUUUCUUCACAUAAUAAAAUUACUGUAGUUAUAAGAGUAAUAACUUGUUUAAGAUCAUGUUUACACUAUACCAGAUGGCAUGAACACCUAUCCGAUAUCUGAAUCUCCAGUGACUUUGCAGAUGAGGGGCAGGACAGUUUUGCUUCAUUAUCAGGGGCACCCAACAACAAUUUUCAGAAAAUAUCUGUUCGGAAGACGAUUUGACAUCUAGAAUUUUCGGAACAUUUGUUGUAAAAUUUCUUGCUUGCCUGCCUCUCCUAAGAUUUUCGAACAUCUAAAAACUACUAUAAUUGCCCAUUUUUAACGGAUUUUUACCGUUAAAACGUCACCUAGAAUUUCCCGGGAGCCUUUUUUCUGGCUGAAAUUUUCGAAAAAGGUAAGUUUUGAUCCCUAUAAUUUUCGGAUCACUAGACCUUCAGCUAGGAAUAUCGGAACAGAUGAAAAAUUUUUAGGGGAUAAAAAUAUGUUAUAUCUACUGUUUAAAUACUAAAAUAAGUUUAACAAUGCCAUGUUUAAGUGGUUUUGAAGUAUAUUCUUGUUGGGUCCCCCUGCAUUAUAGAAACUGCUCCAAAAUCACUGUUAUUAUGUGUUAACAGAAGCCCUUAUAUCCACUAUGAUUAUUUUGCAUGCUGGCAAAAAAGCUAUCUGAGUUUGAACAUGGCCUUUAGUUAGAUUCACAAGUUUGUCUGUGUUAACUAUACAAUUUUCCGUGUUUUCAGGAUAAAGCUCAAGAACUUCAAAACAGCAGAUGUUCCUUUUCAUCAGAAAAUAGAUCAGUGUCACCCAUUGUGCAAUCCUUCAACCCACCAACUCCGCCAAGCAGUGCAAAAAAACCAGCAGCAAACACUGUGAUAGUCAUAGAUUGAAAACGAGUUAGUCAAAGUAAUUACAGUCUUAAUCUUAGCUUGGGGUACAAGUGUAUACACAAAAUUUUCUGACAUCCUGAUUCUUGCACUUGUCCUACACAUGUCAUAAAUACAGAAUGUUUUCUAAGAAAGCUUGUUUUCCUACAACUUAUGAGCUUGUUACAAGUAGUAAAGUGGAUGUCAAUUCCCCACUUAAGACUCCUGGGAUUAUUACUGCAGAUGUGCCACUCAGCUGUUGGCCUUCCCCCUCUGUCCCCAGUAAAAGCUUCAAAAAAGGGGCAAAUCAACAGAGAAUCCAUCUUUUGUUGUACCACCAAAUAUAGAAAUUUCAUAUAGCAAUUUUUAAUUAGGAACAUCUUUGAGUGGAGUUCAGCAAGUUAAGUCAUUUCUAAAUUAACUUUUAUGUUAGGUUGAUUUUACUUGAACCAUGAAACAGAUGCUAACAAAUAAUGCAAAAAAGCAAGAGGUAAACAAAAGAAUUAGUGUGUAGUAUUGUACUACCUAUUUCACGGUUCAAGUAAAAUCACUAAAGAAGCUAACUGCUUUAAAUGGGUCUACAAUUAGAUAUAGAAACCUGGUGCAGCAAAACAAGAUACAUUAUUUCCAAUGGGAUGACGUGUUUAAUGGUUACUUGUGACAAUGCACAGCAUGGUCUUCAAAGAAAAAAAAGAGGAAAAUAAAUGUGAAAUUUGGCAGUUUCACUUUUUAUCCUAAACUGAGAGGCGCUAAAUUGUAACAUUUUGUGGACAAUAUUGGUCAACUUGAAACUGCAAGUAAAACAGUUUGUUCAAGAAAUGACUGAUCAGAGUGUUUUUGAUAAACCUUUCUGGCAUUUUUGGAAAGUUUAAUGAAUGUGCUGGACACAACUCUGACUUCCAGAAAUGAGAAGGUAAUUAUACUUUUCAUUUUUAAAAUAAUUAUCUAUUUGUAGUAUUUUAAUUCACGUGUUAUAGAUACGCAUACAUAUUAAACGAUUUGUGCAAGAAUUUAUUGUAUAAGAAGUAAAUUGUUUGGUAUUAAAGUUCUGAAAACUUUGCAUUUCCUUUGUCAAGAGGCUUAAAGUAGGGUAAAGAUUACCUCAACAACAUUGCAAUAUUAUUAUUCAUAGUCAUGUUUUAUCAAGUCAUCAUGGUCUGUACAUAGCCUGCUAAGAGCAAGGAGUGUAAAGGCCUACAACUUGUAAUUAUGUAGUUUAGGCUACUGAAUUUUUUUAAAGAGAAUUAUUUCUUGUAAAAUAUUUUAAGGAAAAACAUGAAAAUUUGUACAUUUUCUACACAUGCAUGUUAGAUUCCAGUUUGUAUGAAG